AUGACGAUCCGUACCUACAAUGCACGCCCACUCGCAUCUAAGUAUUGCACAGAGGACUCGAUCAUGCAGGCAAUAUGGAUAAGGUGCGACGUCAUCGGAGUGGCUGAGACGAGAAGACGACGUCCAUUUGACACCGUCUACCACCACCGGAGAAGAACUGUUUCACGGAACAUGCGACAGUGGAAGAAACGUUCAUUCAAACAACUAACAACACAAAUCGGACGUUUACGAAUGAAGACAUGUGGAUCAAUACUGGCUUUGAUAAUUUUCGUGGUUUAUGCGCCGACAUCAAGCUGUGGAGAUGAAGUCGAAGCGCUCUAUGUGGACUUGGAGAAAUUCCACAGAGAAGCCCAUAUAUUCUUUAAUGACAUCAUUGGAGAUUUUAACGCCAAACCUGGACCCAGAAAACGUCUGAAGAACCCCAAAUUGGAACCAACGGAUCAGAAUGGAACGAGCAGCGUGAACGGCUAUCGGAGUUUAUCAUAA